UUAAAUUGAAAUAAUUGUUGGAUUGAACAAUUUUUCUUUCACUUUUCUUUUUUCCUAGCUCCUAAUUUUUCCUUUUUUUUCCUUAGUCUGUAAGUCUGACCAUUGUUUGUUUCUAUAUGAAUGUUCGACCUUUUAAUUUAGUCUUCAUUCAAUUUUCUAGUGCUUCAACUACUCAAUCAAUUCUUCAUCUUUAUGCCUCUACUACACUUCUGUACCUUACUCACUCUCUGUUUAUCCUUUCUUUUGCUUUCAUUCGACUCAAUUCUUCUCUUUUCUUUCUAUUCAUCACUUGAACGAACAGUGUUUGUUGAUGCCUGAAAUGCGCUUGUUUAACUGUUCGCAUAUCCUUCGUAUAUUUUAGAAAGACAUGAAAAGAUUUAUUGAUGCACCUUGAAAACAAAACAAAUAAGGUGAAAUUAACAGAAACACCUGUCAUAGGUUUAGUAAUGACUUUUGGUGAUGACUUUUACGGUGAACCUGGAUUAAAAAAGACUGGCUUCAACAUAAAUCGUCCGGUUGUCGUCUAACUAUCGUUAUCCAACAAUGUUAUCCAAUGUAAUUUUGUGAUCUCGUCCAAUAUCAUGUUUAUCUGCUUGUUAACUUAAUGAUGUGUAUUUAUCUCUAUAUCGUUUCACAACUAAAUUGUGAUUGUUUGUUCUUCAAAUUUUCUCCGUUAAAAUUAAUCUAGUUAGUUAUUUGUUGACCUUUUUCGUUUACCUUCCUCGACCGGCUUCAUACCGGGUCAUCAGGAAGGUUUAUUCUGGAACGAGGCUGAUAUUCUUCUUCGGUCAACUUGUGUCAACUAUAGUUGACCUACCUUCAAGGCAUCAUGGAUCUUGAAGAUCCAUCAAGAAUGGAAUAUGAAAUUGUUGUACCGGUAAAACCAUUACCAUCUUCUGACAAACCUUUGAAAGGUUUGUUGAAAAGGAAUAAAUGUGAAUCCAAUUCAUCAUCAAGUGAGGAUAAAAAAUCAAAGAAAAGAGUUAAAUUUGCUGAAACCAUGAUGGUCUUCUGUGAUGAUUGGCCAGAAGAAAUUAUGCCUCAGAUAAUUGCUCUUAAAUCACCUACAGAUUUCAAUUUAAUUGAAAUUGUCGCCUCCGGCUUCAUGUUCGAGCCGCCCGUUGAAUAUCAAGAUUUGUUGCCAUUUGACCCUCCACCAGAUUAUCAAGAUUGUGUUUCAUCAAAUAAGCAACCUUCCAUAAUUCCAAUGUCUUCGUAUGAAAAAGAUUCAUCAAUUGGUUACAUUGAUGAAGAUAUUGAUCAAUAUGAAUCAAAUGAGUUUGCCAAUGAUUACCAUAAUCAGCUCAAUUCAGCUUUACACUGGGAAAAUAUUUUGAAUGAAAGUGAGAUACUUGAAGAGGAUAUUAUUGGUGUUCUUAAAGAAGAUGAAAUACUUCAAGCCAUUGGCUCUCAAACGGCUGAUAUUGAUACAGUCUUCCAUCCCUUGGAAUCUGAGGAUGAAAAUUAUAAUGAAGCUGAUUUUCCAAUUCACUAUCAUAAUGGUCAAUAUCAUCAUCAACAUGUUCCAAACCAUUCUAACAAUGGAGUGUCUUCAAGUGAUGGUUCUAAUUCAACAUCUGAUGAAGGACAUCAUGCCGUUGAUGGUUACUGUGACAAAAUUAGUCAAAGCACCGAGACAUCUGAAACUUUUUCAGAAACAGAAGAGCUUUCAUCUGAUCUCGCAAGUGAUUCCAGUUUUACCUCACAAGAUACAAUUAUUUUAACAACACCUCUUUCCAACGAUCCUAAUGCAGUGUGUCGCAAUGAUUUUCUUUCUUCCUCAUCAUCAUCAGCCGAUAACUUGCUAUCACCUGGAAAAACUGUUGUUGCUUAUGUUGACCAUUAUUCAACCGAAUAUUCACAAAUUGGUGUAAAUCUCGAAUUCGAACCCAAACCGGUUAAACCCAUUUUAGAGACUAUCAAUGACGAAGAAGAAGAAGUUCGAAGUGACGCUGAUAUUGGAAGCAUUAGUGAGGAUCGAAGUUCGCUCAAUGAAUCUGUUCUAGAAGAUGUAAAUAAGGUUAAUAAUGAUAAUUAUUCGAAAGACUCUAGACUGUCAGAUGUAGGUGAUGGUUCUGCCUCACUCGAAGUAGAUGAUGCCAACACUGAAACUGAUGGCAGUUUGGGUUCAACUGAAGUUAAAAAUAAUUAUGAAGUAUUGGAAAGUGAGAUUAAAAAGGAUGGCGAACAAGAAAAGGAAUCAAAAGAAUCUUCUGAAAUAAAUGGAGUUUACACUUGUUUACCUGCUGUUGUUAAUGAACCAACAAUUUCUAAAGUCAACAAUAGCAAUAAUGAUCAUUCAAAUAAUUUAGAUAAUAAUGCUGUUAACAAAUCAAACGAACCAAGUGGAAUCAAUGAAAAUUUCUCAAAACCGUUAGUCAAUGUAACAAGAACAACCGACCCCAAAUUAGACUGUCCCGAGGCCUUAUUUAAAACAAUGUCACUAUCAAAACCAGUUAGUGUUACUCCUUCAUCAUCUCCAACCUCAUCAACCUCAUCAUCUUGUGCAACAAACAUGAGUCCUUCUUCAGCUUCCUCGGUCUUUGUACCUACAGCAACGUUUCUACCCGCUCAAACAGCAGUUGUUAACGCUUGUGGAUCCAAUUUAGUUGUCAUCGGUCUAGUUGAUUGUGAUGGAGUCAACAAAUCUCAACAUAACUCACAACAAUUAUUAACCACUGUCCCAAUGAAUACCUCUGUAUCCGUUUCAGCGAUCCGUAAAGCAUUUGAAUCUAAACAAGAGAUAGAAGCACCAAUUUAUGAAAACACAACCGAAAUGAGAAAUAAGGUGAAAAAUGCUUCUCAACCAGUUCCGCAACGUCCUAAAUCAUUUCCAUUCUCUAAUUUUAAACUUGGUAAAAGCAUGGAGCCAAGUAAAAAUAGCAGCUCGGUCAACAGUACAACGGCAAAUAAUGGAAACAGUAAUAAUAGUGGAAACAAUAAUAGCCUGGCCAACAGUGGGUCAAGUUUAAUCAAAGAGGCAACCAAUGUGAUGACCGAGAAGCUUAAACGGUUGAAACUGCACGGUGACAGCUCAAAACAAUUGUCGACUGAUGAGUCUGGUAAAGCUGUUCAACAAGCAUCUUCAACAGGAACAUCAUCAUCAUCAUCAUCAUCCUCGUCAAGCAAUGAUAACAAGCCAAAACAGUCACAACAACAACCACAAAAUCAACAGCAACAAGCUCAAUCACAACGACGCAAAGAAGAUCUCAUUAUAGAGUACACUUCAGAACCUCGAGGUGCUCAGCAAGUUAAACGUGUCUCAUUACCUGAAACAUCGUUAAAAAAUGUGGCAACUUUCAAAGACUCCAAAGGGGUGAUUACUCUUCAAGGAACACCAUUGUUGCCAGGAUCAGCUCAAAUAGUUAAUCAUCAUUAUCAUCAUGUUCACCACCAACAUGGCCAGUCAACGGCACCCACUCACCAACUACAUUCAUACUCACAUCAACAACCUCUCACAGUCCCUGUUAGCCAUUUUCAAUGUUUCCCACCGGGAACAACUAUUCCAAUAUCUUCCAUGGGAGCUUCUCAGGCAACCCAUCAAAUUGUCCAAAAUCCCAAUUCAACUGCUCAACAACAACAGGUUCAACCUCAAAAAUUAUCUUCAACACCAGUUACAUCAUCAUCCACACAAUUCAUUGCCCCAUCAACACCACAACCACAACUUAGUCCAAACCAACCACAAUCCCAACCUCAACAACAACCUCAGCAAUAUCACAUUUAUCCAGUCACAAAAUGUAGAGCAGCAUCACCACAAUUUAUUAAUCAAUAUUAUGCUACCACAGCUAGCGGUCAAAGGCAAUUAGUAUACGUUUCUCAUGUUUCACCUGGUCAACAUCAACCCUUCAUUCAGAGUCAAACAAUUCAUCAUCACCAUCAUCCACAUGCACACCAUUAUGUGCACCAACAAACUCAGGCACAAACAGGUCAACCUCAACACGGCCAACCAUCUCAACCCGGAAUGAUUACAAUGGUCUCAGGGACACCACAGGCCUCUAGAGAUUCCCCGUCUCCAUCAAUAAUUCAACUUCAUUGUAGACCAGCUACUUCAUUGUCUAAUCAGCAGAUUGUAGGUCCAAGAAUAUAUGCUCAACCCUUGCAACACGGGUUUGUUGCGAUUCCCAAAGAUUCGUCUUUUCCCAAUCCCAGUGAGAUACGACGUCGUGAUGGUUUAAAUGCAUACCCGGUGGUAAAAGAGGAUCCACUUAAAGUAGUCAAUACACAACCUGCUGGUUCAACCGGUGGAAACACAAAUAGUGGAAACAGUCCAUCAGCAUCUUCAUUAUCUUCUACCCUGUCUUCGGCGUCUUCAUCUUCAUCUUCAUCUUCUUCAUCCGUAUCACCCUCAUCGACCACCUUGACCUCUUCAACUGUUCCUAAUACCAUAAAUAGUAGUAAAAAUAGCGAUUCCUCUAAUUUAUCUUCAAGUGAUACCAAAGAUGAAUUGGAACAGUUUGUUGAAAAUGACAUUCAACGAAUUGAACGAAUUAAACGCCGUUACUCACUGACCGAAGAAGGCGAUGAUCCAACCUUCGGUUUCGGUCGACGUCCUUCGGUUCGAGGUAUUAAACCUAAAUUUGGCCCUAAUGAAAUAAUACGCCACAUGCAAAUGCAAUUAAGACCACCAAUUCAGUCAAUUUCAUCUCAAACCCUUCCAAAGCAGGCUAAAGUUAUUAAUACACAAAUUGUCAAUGAAUCUCCUAAUCCGGUUUCUUCAACUUAUUCUCCUGGCUUAACUGCAUCAUUAUCUACAUCUACAAUAACAACAACAACAACCACACCGGUUGUAUUAGCAACGAGCUCGAUUUCAUCUCAACCAUCUUCUCAAGUUCCAAGAACCGCACAAAUUCAUCUGAUUGCUCGUCAUUCUCAUCCUCAUUGUCACCCUCAUCUUAUUUCUGCCAAUCAAAUUGGCUCGGUACCCAAUUUAAGGCAACAAUUGGUCUCGUCUUCGGCAUCAGUUUCACCUUCAUCAACCUCUUCGUCUCCUUCACCAUCCAUUGCAGGUCACAAUACUUUGGGUCAUCGGCAUGUUUACCUAAUUCCUCACAUUCAAGGAGGACCUCAAUAUCAAAGGAUUGUCCAAGCAGGUGCCACUCUUCCUAGACAACAUCCAAUGCAACAAAAGGUUGGCCAAGCAGCUUCACAAUCACAGCUAUCACCUCAACAAGCAGCCAUGUUAAUGAUGAAAGGAAUGGGAGGUCGAGUUAAAAUAAUUAAUGGAUCUCAAUCAGCCAGUUCAAUUGGAUUUGUUAGCAAUCAACCUCCUUUGUCUCGUCCAGCAUCAUCUUUGGGUCACAUUAUUCAACGAUCCGGACCUGGUGGAGAUGAGCUACGAAUUAUUCAACCUGGUCCAUCACCUUCACCCUCAGAUGUUACUUGUAGACAAUGUCCAAUGAGAGUUACAAGCGCAGUUGAUCCACAAACAGGGCAACCUCAAUCGAUCUCAAUUAUUGGUAAUAAGGUUGGACCUUGUUUGUUGCAGCAUAAAACAAUUUCAAUGCCUAAUGUUUCCUUAAUCAAGUCACUUCCUCAAACAUUAACCGUUAUUCCGAUCAAAGACCUAAAAGAUGAAAGAGGUACUCCUGAAGGAGCCAGUUCAUCGCCAACUCACUCGUCUGAUCCCAUAUUUGUUGAUAACAAGGGUAAAUCACCUGAUGUUUUAAACGGCGAUACAAUGUCAACUGGAAGUACAAGCAGUUGUAGCAGCUCAACUAGUAGUAAUAACACGGCAACUUCAUCCAGUAAUAGCAUCAAUAACCAAACCCUUAACAAUAAAAAUAAUGAAAUGAACAAUGAUAUGAGUAAAGCCAAAAAUACAAACAAUAGCACUGACCCUGAUGAGGUUAUUAUCAACAACAAUUCCACUCUCAACACUACCAACAGCAACAAUAACAACAAUAACAAUAAUCUCGCCAAUAGUAAUAAUAUUAACAAUAAUAUUAUUAAUAACAAUAAUAAUAGUAUCAAUAAUAUCAACAAUAAUCCUGAUCUAGUCAAAGAUGCAACUACUUCGGCCCUGAAAGCAAAAAAAAGUAUUGUUACCGGUUCUGGUCUUAAGGAUGGUAAAACAAAAUCAGUGCCCAGUAAAGAAGGUGUUAUUUACUACUCGAUGAAUGUUUAAUCCAAGAUGAUGUUUGAUUGGCAAUCAAAUCUAAUAUAAAAAGCUUAAUUUAAAAUUGCUGCUGUUUCCGAGGUUGCAAAUCGCUACAAAAAUAACGAGAAAAAGUGCCACUCGGUGUUACAAUAAACGCAUUUAAGUCACUUUACAGCUUUUGCUUUUCUUUUCUUCAUCCAUGAUUCCAAAUUUAUGUAUACACUUAACACCAAAGUAUUUCUGUAAAAAAGACAUUUUUAUCAUGUGAAUCAAGGUUUUUUCAAAGAGGAUGAAGGAAGGACAAAAGGUCAAGGAGAGAACCUUGCAAAUAAUUCGAGAAUUGAUGGAACAAAAACUGAACAAAAUAGAUGCGUUUGUAAAGAGAAUACAAAUAUCUGAUGGAUUUUCAAAUGACGAAUCAAGAAAACGAUGGAAUCUCACUGUCCCAUGAAAUUUUGGUUAACAAAUCAAUUAUCUUUUUAGUCCUUAUUGGCAACUCUAAAUUAAUCCAAUUACUUGUUCAUAAUCUCAGUUGAUUUUCCUGUUGAUUUAGUACUCAAAGACUUCAUCGUUUUGGACUUGCACCAUUGAAUCACGUUAACGACAUAUUUUGUAAAAUUGGACUGAUUUCACCAAAGCAAUCGAAUGAUUUCUUUCAUCCCAAACUGGUUGAAUGCGAACAGAAAUCAUAAAGAAACUAUUUAAAUUGACUCUCUAGGAACAAGUUGAUCAUUUACUUGAUAAUUGUUAGGUUUAUUUGCAUUUAAAACACACGUUAGCUUGAGUUUUAUUUAUGAUGAAUUGUUACGUUAACAUUAUAAAUCAAGCUUAGACAAAUUGUUAAUUCUUUUUCUUGAAUAUUGAGAAUUGUCACUCAAUUUGAAAUCACACUCGCAAUUUUUCACCCUUGUACCUAUUAAUAUUUUGAAACGAAACAAGUGUUGGUUUAUUGAAAUGUUAUGAAAUUGUUCAAAUCUGGAAAGACCAUAAAAUUGGAUUAUUAAUAUUGCAGCAUCGUCAGAUAAUAAUCAUCUAGUUAAUUGCUUUAUCUUCCGAUCAACCUUCGAUUAAUUUGUACAUUUAUAAUUAUUUCAUUUGUAUUAUUUCAACCUUUUUUUGCGUCUCAGUUGCUGUGUUGAGUUGAACCUCUAUAACAUUUCAACCGGUAAACUCAAUUAUUUAACAUGUAAUAUCCUUUGUUAAUCAUCUGCUGUCAUCAACUCACAGCAACUCAUUUUUUAAUUUAAAUUGUCUUUAUUUAAAUGACUUUCUCUCUUCUCAUUUUCAUUGUAAACAAUCAAUUCCAAAUGAUCUGUAUUCCUUUGACAUUAUUUCAAGAUUAGAUUAUUAAUAUUAUUAUUGUAAAACUUACUGAAACAAAAAGCAACAAACAAAUAAUAAAAAUUGCCAAAGCU